CCCGCCCACUGGUCGCUGUGCAGUGGCUGUCAGGCGUGAAGUGUUGCUGCAGGAGUCAUGGCUUCGUGGAGAGUUCUCCAGGUUCUCCGUCGCGCUGUUCCCCGGGCUGCGGCUUAUUCCAGGACCGUGGACCUCAGCAGACCAUGCGUUAGAGCAAUGAGCGCCGGGGGUAUCCCCACUGAUGAGGAGCAGGCAACUGGCCUUGAAAGAAAAAUCCAGGAUGCCUUAAAGAAGGGAGAGGAUCCUUUUAACAUCCUCAAGCCAAAGACCUAUCCAGGAACCAAGGACAAUCCACACAUUGUGCCCUCCGUCAACAAGCAGAGGAUUGUGGGCUGCAUAUGUGAAGAAGACAAUUCUCAAAUUAUUUGGUUCUGGGCCCAUGAGGGGCAUGUCAACCGCUGCCCACAAUGUGGCUCCCACUACAAGCUUGUUCCUUAUGAGCUUCCACACUGAAGACAACUUGCAUCACCAUUGGCUGCCUUAUAUGAAUACCCAAAAUCUUUUAUUAAAAAUUUACAUUGAUCUUAA